AUUUCAAUUAGGGUUUCUAAAAUCCCAUAAAUACCCAUCUAAAUUCAGAAUGAGGAGAGCUUGGUGGAGGCUGAUGUCAGCCCUCUUUUGGGUACUCUUGGAGGUCAAGGUCUAACUAUGGAUCCAGUUGUCUUAAACACCGAUGUGGAUUAUCAAUGGCUUGCACCAAAGAUGAGGGCACAAGUUGAAGCAGUAACUAUCUUGCUAGCAGAAAUUGACGAUGAUGAACUUGAACGAUUUCAAGCAGUCAUUGAAAGGAUCAAAUUAAAGAAGGCUAUAGUAGAACAAUUAAAUAUCACUUGUCAAUGGUGUGGAUGUGACCACUUUAGUUCUGAUUGUUAUUUUAAACGAUCUAACAAGUGUGUUGAUUUUUCUGGUGAUUUUCAUAGCCUACAGUAUAAUUCUUAUCCCAAUACAUGCAAUGUUUAUCCAAACACCUCAUGGAAUAAUGAAGACAUAUUGGAGCCACAAUCAAGGUUUCAAGCUCAAGAAGAGGAGUUGUGUUUGGAUAAAAACUUAGAAACUCAAUCAAGUCAUUUGCUCAAAUUAGUUGCUGAAGAGAUACAAGGUGAGUUACCUAGUGCAACAAUGAAAAAUCAAGAAGAAGAGGUAGACACUUUACUCUUAGAGAUUGAAGGACAACUUGGAAAAGUAGAAAUUAUGCCUGCAGAAACUAAACAAGAGGAUGUCCCUAAGAGGAAGAGGAAAAAACUCAAGUAUCAUUUGAAGUGUUCAAUGGGGAGUCUCCUUUAACCAAAUCUGAUUUUAAUGAUUAUUUUGUUAUUGAUAUGGUUGACGAGAUUUUGCAGAAAAACACUUAUGAGGAUCCAUUUGAGAUUUACUUUAUUCAAGUAAAAGACUCAAUCAAAGAAUACAUAAAUUGCUUAAACACAUCAUCUUUCUUGGAAUCAAAGGGGGCACUCCUA